GAAAGAUUUCAUUGCUCAUGAAGUGUUGCCAAGGAAAGUUAAGCCACCUGAAAAGGCUAUCAAGAGUGACGAGAGUAUGGAUUUGACCUCCACUUAUAAACGGGAUUACAAUUCCUACUCUAUCUCUCAAGUACCUCCAUGCCUCCCCUGUGUGAUGAGACACAUCCCCAAUGCCAAGAUGGAUACAAGAACAACUUAUGAAGAUGACUAUGUGCUAUGGAGUGAACCAAAGGCAGAGAUGAUCAGAUCAAAUGACAGGUUUUGCCCAUCAAAAGAAAAAAUUAACUACAAAACUGUUGUCCAGGAUGACUAUAUCUACAGGGGGCCAGUUGCCACUCAGAGCUGUAAACCUCUCUCUCUGGUCCAGAAAACUAAGGUUCCCUGUGAGAAUAUAACCAAUUAUAGAGUGAACUACGUGCCACAUCCUCUGAAGAAACGUUAUGUCCAUAAAAAAGAGAAAUACAAGGCCAGUGAGGUACCAUUUGAUGGCCUCACUACCCACAAACUUUCUUACAAGGGGCUGGCUUGUCAGCCAGCCCAGCCUGCAACACCAUACCAUCCAGAGCUUUUAUACGAUAUUCCAUUUUCCUCUACAACGGAGUUUCAGGAAAAAUUCCAACCUUGGACACAGCCUCCCAUAUUCACAAAAAAACCUGCUGUAUAUCUUCCUCCUGUGGAGAAAAUGGACCUUAACACCACUACUCAGAUACAUUACAAACACCCAAAUGGCAAGCCAGCCAAGAUGUGUCAAUCUUCGGUCCAGCUUGCAAAAAUGCUGACCUUCCCUACAAAACCAAUGGAUUGCCUGACUACCUUUCAGACCCAUUAUGUUCCUCAUCCACUCACAGUUACGAAGAACUGUAAACCUGUCUGGUCAGGCCCAAAACAUGACACUCAGCUAGAUGCUAAAACGAUCUACACUACAAGCUACACACCAAAGGGCAUUGUUAGAUGCUCGGCCUCCUACAAACCCCCCUCCUUUGAAGGAGUUAAUGCCGAUGACCACAAUCUCUAUCUCCCUGCUUCCAAGAGUGAGACCUGCAAGGUGGAUGUUGGAGAAACAAAAGAGUGA